UAUGAAAAUGAUUUACAGCCAGUGCUUUCUAACUUUGGGUAUCAAUCUGAUUUGUGUUUGAAAGGUGGUCAGGUUGCAGAAGGUUUAGCGUGUUUUUAUAAUGAACAAAGAUUCAGAAUGCUUGGAAACCAACGAAUUGUAUAAGGAAAUUUGGCAAGUAAUAUCAAAAAAUGAAAAGCUCAAAGAGCGAAUUUUGGCAAGAACCACUGCUAUUGAAGUUAUUGCUUUAAAAUCAAAGGAAUUAAACGAAGUAAUUCUCAUUGCAAAUACUCAUUUGUAUUUUCAUCCAGAUGCUGAUCACAUUCGACUUUUACAAGGAGCCUUAGCUAUUAAAUAUAUUCAGUCAAAGAAAGACAAACUGGAAAAGGAACUGAACAUCAAAAUACCAGUAGUUUUUUGUGGAGAUUUUAAUAGCGUUCCUGAAUGUGGUAUUUAUCAAUUGUAUACCACGGGAAGUGUUCCUAUAUCGUGUUCAGACUGGAGAAGCAAUAAAGAAGAAGCCGUAGAAAAUCUUAGCAUCUUUCAAUCUCUAAAGCUCGCAAGUGCUUGUGGCACUCCAGAAUAUACCAACUAUACUGCUGGUUUUCAAGGUUGUUUAGAUUACAUUUUUUAUGACACAGAAUUAUUAGAAGUUGCGGAAGUAGUGCCUUUACCUAGCAGUGAAAAUGUAAAGGAACAUGUAGCUUUACCCAGUGUAACAUUUCCUUCAGAUCACAUUUCAUUGGUGUCUGUUUUAAAGUGGAAAUGAAACUGAAGAAAUUAAAUAUUAUCAGUGCAUUUUGAUAAUAUUGCAAAGAAGUUUCGAAUAUCAUAUUACAAAUAAACUACGCCAUUCAAAAACAAAAAGUUAGAAGCGAAAGGUUUUAUGGAAUGCUUAAAUUGUAAACAGUCAACAAGAAAAUAAAAUAAUACAUUGAAGUAAAAAUUGUUUACUGAAAACUGUGAAUGUAACAAAAUAUAUUUAUAAAAUAAAAGUGUACGUAAUCUCGUCGUAAUUCUCUUGUUAAAGUAAUAUGUGUUAUCGUACUGUUAAAUAGUAUCCAUAAAUUCAUAUUUAAGUCACUGGUACAAAUUUGGUACAUCUAAUUUAUUCAUUUAAAACAACAACCUAACUUACCUACUGUGUUAAUAGGUCAAUUAGCGACCGUAAUAAUUAAUUAAUAAUAAUCGAGGAGUUCGGAGUCGAAUUCAAAAUCAUAAAGAUACAGGACGGUGAGACGACUUAACGUCUUCACUCGCCCUGUGUUAGUUCCCAGCCUUUUAUUCUAUGUUCCCCAAUUACCUAAUAAGGUGGGCUAAAAUUAUUGUUAUACUAUUAGGUUAUUAAUUAACUAUAGUUAAAUUGUUGACUAGUCAUUCUAAAUUGUAUAAUCCGUCUUUAAUAUUGGUUUAAAGUAGUUAUAUCUCAUUGUCCAAUAAAAUAAACGUAUAAAUUCGCUGUAUUAUGGCAUAUGCUCGGAGCCUCCAGUAUUUUAUACACAUUUAUAAAUACUUAAUAAAAGUGCAGUUAGUAGUUUACGACAUUCUCUGUCCUUGAAGUUGCCAAUUUAGCCUAAAUCAAUAGAGAUAGUACAGUCAUCCCUAACUCCCUAAUUGCAUCUAAAGACACAGGCACCCAAGUUCCCCUUUGAACUUGUGAAUUCUAACUUUAACGUCGUCUGCUAUACUCAAAUUAUCCUGAGAGUAUAAAGCCGCACAAAACGGAUCCGUAGGUAUUAAGCGAAGCAAAGUCAACAGAGUUUUAUGACAUUUUUCUGUACAAAACCGUAUUGAUUAGUCUUGCGCCUAGGGAGCGUUCAAGUAUUACGUAACGCAGUUUUUGAAGAUUUUUGAACCUCCCUCUCCCCCUUGUAACGCGCCGUAGCGUUUUCUGUACCCCCUCCUCCUCUCUAAACGUUACGUAAUACUCAAGUGACCAUUUUUACCAAAAAAUCGCAAAAGUUAUGUUGCGCAAAUCGUAUAACAUCAUUUGUAUGUUCUAUAAACUUUUCUUUAUUUUCUUGUUUUUCUUUAGUCGUUUUCCAAAUUGCAUUGGCAUUUUUUCAACACAGUUGCGCUGGCAAGUCAGCAUGAGAGCCUUUAUACGUCAAGAGCAGCUGAUGAUAGAAAUCUCCCUCUUUUGAGGACAUUACAGUAUGAACACUAUGAACUCACUUUAAUAACACUGACUACUGCAAUGUGCUUCUGCAUAUACACUAACGAAAACGAUAUUAAAUGACGUACAAUACAAUCGAGGGAUUCCCCGUAAAACGUAUACGAAAAGGGUUGCCAACUUGGUAGUUUUAAUUCCCUAAUUUUUUAUUUAAAAAAAAACAAUGUUACGUAACGUGUUGUAAGAAAGACCCCUGUAACGCAUCGUAACGUUUUACGAGACCCCCUCUCCCCCAAAUUGCGUUACGUAAUACUUGAGCGCCCCCUACCUUACACGGGUUUGAUUAUGAGUUUUGUGGUACGGAUGUGUAGUGUUUUUUACUUAUCAAAUCGGAAAGGGUUGACAAAUCGGUAAAGGUUCUGAUGAGAAUAUUUUCUUGAAUUAAAAUCAUAUUUGAAAUAUCUUUAACGGGCGUACCAAUUACUUUUAGAUAGAAAGUAGGUUCGCUUUAUGGU